AUGCGUGUCUCAAGUUUUCUGCUACCACCUAGCUUGCUCCUACAGCACGGGACAACACCAGCCUUAUGUGAAAAUGAGCACAAGCCAAGGCCGGACAGAACACUUGCAUGCUCAAAGCCGAAGGUGGGCCAUCCCAUGGGAAUGGAUAACAUCGAUCCCCGCAACCAGGGCAUGCCAGUAAACGAAGGAAUCCUACUCUUAUCGGAUUCUAUUAACCCGUCUCAUCCGUUCGACAAUGUUGGAGCCGCGAAAGUUACCCAACCGCACUGCGGCGUUUCCUCAUGGUUCUCUUCUCUUUCGCGCCCGUUGUCGAAUGGGAAUUCACGCAGAAAACCCAAAAUCCAUCAUGAGAUUUACGAAUUAAUCAUUGCGGCAUAG